UCACGUGGACAUUAGGAGGUCCAUUGCUUUUAGUUACCUGUUGCUAUGUGCAGAGUCUGAUGACAAAUUUACCUGUGCUCGUCUUUUCCAGAUACAGUUUGAAGGUGAGAAGGUAAAGGACUCGUUUCUUCGAGAAACAAACUUCUACCUCAACAACAUCGUCUACAAGAAUGUUUCUUGCGCCCAAACAACUACAUUGAUUAUUUCGUCAUCGACGAGAAAUCCCUUGACCAGUGAGUCUGUAACAACAGAAACCUACACUGAAGUUUCUACAAUACAAACAGACAUGUCACCAAACACAGGAAGUGAUGACGACAAAGACGAGGAGAAGUCACCCAAGCUGACAAUGAUCGGGGUACUCAUCGCUGUGCUCCUCCUGACGGCGGCUGUGGUGGUUGUCGCUCUUUACUUCAGACGCCGGAGGACAGGCGGUGACGCAGAAAGCAAAAAAAGUUCCAUAACCGGAGAUGAACGAAGGUCUAUAAUCAUGGUCACCAACGAUCUCUACUCUGUCUCAGGUGGCUAUCAACACACUGAGGAUGGUUUCCCUUUGCAAGACGUUGACACUCCACAGAACCACGACACCCUAUACGCUGUAGUCCACAAACCGAACAGAGGUCACCAGGUGAACCCUAGGACAGACCCGGAUGUUCUAAUGCAAACAGGAUGUGACAGACCCCACCAGAGACAUAUCUACGAUAAUGUUGCUGCAGACAAAGGCAAUGUUCUCCCACCGCCUACCCUGGGUAUUCCCUCUCAGAGCUGUAGCGAUGAACCACAGGACGGCGAUGUUUACUACAGUUAUUGUCACUAGCAUUGGCGGGCCUCGUGAAGACCUGUGUCAUCAAUGUCUUGCUUUCUCAUCACAGCAAGAAAUGUUUCCAUCAUAAAAUACAGUUAAAUUUAAUUUUAGUUACAAGAAUAUAGACGAAUAACAUCUUGUUGUAUUAAUACUUUAGAAACAUAAACAAAGAGCAACAAAAUUAAAAGUACGUGUAUGUUCUGAAAUUACACUAAAGAAAUGGAAAAAUGAGCGCUAGAAAGGUUCAUGAAAUGAAAAAUAAAUGGCGAUCUUUUC